UUUCGUGUGCUAAGAACUAUGGGUAAAUGUACCAGUCGCCAUCUUUUUUCCUACGGAGGAUCGGUGUUCUCAGUAAAGACUUGUGACUUAGCCUCAAUUGCAAGCUAGCUCCAGUUGAUACUGAGAAUAUGAAAAGGGUCUGUUGAGAAAUACACUGUACAGGAAAACCUUUUACCUUUGAAUACAAAUGUGGUGGCAUUUGAGUUCAGGAGUAGUUGAUUGAGGGGUCUGACUGUGUGAUCUUUGAUUUAUAUCUCACUAUUUGUUUCCUGCUUCAAGCAUCAGGGUCCAAUAACCCUCAUCACAGAUAACAUGCCAGCUACCUUCCCAGACUUCCCAAUCAAUCGUCGAGCACAGGUGGCCUUAGAAUUAUACACCACAGAACGGAGUUAUGUCAGGGGUCUGGAAACCAUCUUAGAGUUGUUCAAGAAACCUUGUGAAGAAAACAAGUUGCUGGACAAGAAGGAAAGUCAUACAAUGUUCAGUAAUAUUCAAGACAUCUUCCUUGUCAACAAAGAUGUUUUGUUCAUGCUUCUUGAACGAGUCAGUCACUGGCAUGACCAGCAAUGUUUGGGAGACAUUUUUGCAGACCAAUCUUUCAAGAUCAUUGACAAAAUGAAGAUCUAUGCCAAGUAUUGUAACAACUACGAUUCAGCUGAGGCACUUUACAAGCAGAAGAUCAAGAAGAAGGAGUUUGAAUCUUUUAUUAAUACUUGCUAUGAACACCAAGUUUGUCAACCAGGACUUAAUCUGCCAGCCUAUCUAAUCACAGUUGUACAGAGAAUUCCACGGUAUCUUCUUCUUCUAGAGGAUUUUUUCAAAAGGACACCUGAAAAUCAUCCUGACCAUGGCAAUCUGAGCAAGGCUUUGACAAGAAUGACUAAUCUGGCUGUGUACAUUAACAACCAGCUGCAAACAACAGUUGGUCAAAAAGCAAUGGUAGACUUGAGGUCAAGAGUUGAGGGUUUGAAGGCAUUUGAAGUGCCAGGGCGUGCCCUCAUCAAAGAAGCUGAUGUGGUGCUGGCCGGCAGCAGGAAGACUCGUAAGUGCUUGCUGUUUAAUGACAUGCUGGUGUUUGCGAUAAAAGGUGUAAGUAAGACCAGUGAAGUAGAACAAACUCUUGAGCUGGUAACGCUGUGGUGCAUGGAUCUAGAAGGCAACAAUCCACAAUCAGCAAAAGAAGACUCUCUGGAGAUCUAUACCCCUGAGCAGUCUUACAUUCUGGAUGCUGGAACAAAAACAGAGAAAAAAACCUGGCUGCAGAAGUUACGGACGAGAAUUGCCAUGGCAUUACAUGGAGCGGAAGCAACAGAGAAAAAUGAGAUUGGUAAUAAUGAAAAGCCUAGCCUGGGUUGUUUGAAAGGACUUAGGCUUUCUUGUCAGGGUCUGUGGGAAGAUGAUGAACGCAAUGGAUGGGGUGAAUUGACAUACAACAGUGGAGACAAGUACAGAGGAGAAUGGCUUGAUGACAAACAGCAUGGUGUUGGCACAAUGGAGUACACCAGUGGUGAUGUUUACCAUGGGCAGUGGCACAUAGGUGAUAUACAUGGCCAGGGUGGGAUUACCUAUAAAAAUGGUGACCGAUUUACGGGAGAAUUUUGUCACAAUGAAAUCGAGGGGAUUGGUGAAUUACGUUGUGUUAGUGGGCUGACAUACAAAGGACAGUGGAAACAUAGCAAGGUGAGNCGACUUUGCGAAGUGGCUAAUGGUCAAUUUGCUAAUGACCGAAUAAGUGGACAAGGAGAAAUGCAGUAUGCUGAUGGUUCUGUUUACAAAGGACGGUGGGUGGACAAUCAGCGGGGUGGUUUUGGCGAGUUUAGUAGUUCAGAUGGCACUCAUUACGUUGGAGGUUGGAGUGGGGAUCAUAUAACUGGCAAAGGAUGUAUGACUUACUCUAACGGCGACUGUUACGAUGGCAACUGGUUCAAGAACACAGUAAGUACACUUACUUGAUGUUCUUGUGCUUAGCUCUUAAAUGCCAGAUUUUAUUUGCGAACCAAUCGAGCUGCGAAAGUCGAAAAAUGCCCGCGUCGCUCCAAACCCGAGUGUGAAUAGCGCGAGCAAGAGAAGCUACAUGUAACCCUUUGGGGCAGCACUGCUUAGACCCAAACAAACGUUGCAAAUACAAACACCAAUCCAGAACUGGGAGGAU